CCUCGUCUCUCUCUCUCUCCAUAGCUUGGCAAGAGCCAAGAGGGAGCCCGGAAUUCUUCUCCUCCUCUCUAGGGUUUGAAGACGAACUGGCACGAAGAAGGGAAAAAGGAGCUUCCUUUUGAUAGAGAUAUAUCGGUAUCGGCAAGUAUUCUUGGAAUCUUUCUUGUCAGGUUUGGAUAUUCAGCGGCUUGUUUGCGUAGAAAUUGUGUUUAUUUUUUCAGUUUUUUUGGAGAAAUUUAAAGAAUUUUGGUAGUUGACUGUUUUCUGAAGUAACGUUCUUAUGAAUUGUCUUCUCUUUUGGAUUUGGAUGUGGAUUUUGAGUGCAAAUAUAGAAUUUGAGGUGAUUUUUCUCUUUUCUUUUUGAAUUUUUGACGAGAGAUUACGUGUUUUAGCUAAAUCUUUAUGUUAAAGAAAGAUUUUUUAACUUUUUUGUUUGUAUAUUUUAGAUUGGUUCAUCUUUGUUUUCCUUUUUUAAAUUAUCUUUUCUUUUUGAUGUUAGAAUGCUUAUUUUUUAUGGAAAUCUGUGGAAUUUUUGGAAAAGAAGAUCUUUUUUAGAUUUUUCCGCAUGUUGUUUUUUAUUUAAAUUUGUUGCGAGGAUCCUACUGCUGAUAUAAGUAAUUCCUCCGGUUGUGAGUCUAUGAGAUCCGCUGGAAAUGUUUGGGCGAUUUCCUAUGUUUUAUGAUAGACUUUGGGGGCUGAACCACUCUUUGAAGUUGACGUGAUUAGCUUUUGUUUUUGCCUUAUGUUCUAAGGGUGAUUUAAAUGAAUAUGCACUAAGCAACAAUCUUUUAAAUUCUUUUGGAAUUGGAAGAUUCUAGGCUUGGAGGUACUCAUGUCCUGUUACUCUUGAUGAAUUUUAUAAGGUGGGGGCGGCAAAUUGGGAGAGUCCAUUUGCUUAUGACUCCAUGAACUGGAAUAUCUUAUUGAAAUAUGAUAUGAACGUGGAUAGGCAAUUGUAUAAGCUGGGCAUCUGGGUAAUUGGAGCUGCACAUAUGUCUGCUUUUUAUAAUUAAUAGCUAUGGAUAUCAAAUAUGAACUGUUUAUGGUGAGAUUCAUCCAUCUUUGAUGCACUAUGCUUUUAGCAAAUCUGAGGUGAUUGCAUCGGGAGAUUAUUCUUUUGAUGUUCAAAGAGUUAUAUAUUUCUUUCUUUAUUUUUGGUGUGAAAAAUGAUCAAAAUUGUGCUCAUUAUGCUCUAUUGGUUGUAUGCACACGUGCACACAUGCCGAUGUUCAUUUUCUCAGGCAUGACCUAGUAUCCCUGUAACGGUGCUUGAAAGUUGCAGGAAAUGCUAGUGGCUUUGAUGCUGAAUAAUCUUAAAUUGGAAGACUCUUGUGUAGGUUGCAGAACUUUUCUAAAGCAAAACAAGGAGUAUUAUUGCUGGUUUGGCCACCUAUCUGGUUCCAGAAAAGGAAGCAUGGGUCCUCUUUGUGAUUUCUGUGGCGAGCAAAGAUCUGUGGUGUACUGCAGGCCUGAUGCUGCUAGCUUAUGCUUGUCAUGUGACCGCAAUGUUCAUUCUGCAAAUGCACUUUCUAGACGUCACUCUCGCACUCUUAUGUGUGAUAGAUGCAUUACACAACCAGCCAUAGUUAGGUGCAUCGAAGAAAAUGUUUCACUUUGCCAAAACUGUGAUUGGAAUGGGCAUGGUGGUUCGGCUUCAUGUCAUAAAAAGCACACAAUCAACAGCUACACAGGAUGCCCAUCAGCAGCUGAACUUUCGAGAAUUUGGUCCUUUGUUCUGGAGUUUCCUCCCAUGCUAGAUUCUAACUGUGAACAGGGGAUGGGCUUGAUGAGCAUCAAUGAUAACAGUGUCAGUAACUUCUGGGGAGCUCCAGAGAGCAGCAGUACCAUAGACAUAGCCAGCACAGGCAAGAUGGAUGAUAUGGAAUCUGCUAAUAAGCUCAAUCCUCGGAUUGUUUCAUCUUCAAUAACUGCAGUAAAUCCUAUGAUAUGCGGUGCAGAUCAGCCAGCUGGUUCAGUGGAUUCUACUACUCCUAAGCUAUACUCUACUGGGACAAAGGAUCUUUUCUGCAAGGAUGACCUCUAUGAUGAUUUCAACAUGGAUGAUGUUGACUUGACUUUUGGGAAUUAUGAAGAACUAUUUGGUGCGUCUCAUAGUACUGCUGAACAGCUUUUUGAUGAUGCAGGAAUUGACAGUUUUUUUGAACUGAAGGAAAUGUCAGCUUUCAAUUCCAACUGCCAGGAUGAAUUUAUUGCAGAGGCAUCAUCUGGUGGACAGGCCGAACCUAUGCGAGCUACAUUUAGCAAUGCAAUAUCUGCUGAUUCUGUGAUGCCAAAUCUUGGAAGUAAAGCAGAUCCUAACCUGUGUUUCCCAGGAAGGCAAGCUCGGUCCAGCCUAUCUCUUUCCUUUUCUGGUUUGACUGGUGAGAGCAGUGCUGGAGAUUAUCAAGAUUGUGGGAUGUCAUCGAUGCUUUUUAUGGGCGAGCCUCCUUGGUGCCCUACUGGUCCAGAGAGUUCCUCAUACACUCCGGCUGGCAGGGACAGUGCUGUGAUGCGUUACAAGGAAAAGAAGAAAAUACGCCAGUUUGAGAAAAAAAUUAGGUAUGCAUCUAGGAAAGCAAGGGCAGAUGUCAGGCGGCGGGUGAAGGGACGAUUUGUUAAGGCAGGUGAAGCUUAUGAUUAUGAUCCACUCUGCCAGGCAUGAAGCUGUUGAUAGCAGCCCAACAUCCUUACUUAGUGUAAGAGUUACUUUCAGCUGAUAAAUAUUUUGGGAUACUCCAGACUGAUAUGUACCCUUCCCUUGAAUUAAUAUGCCCAUCGGUUAAUCAAAAACAAAAAAAGGCGAAAAAAAUGAAAAAAGAAGAAGAAAGAAAGCAAGAGGAUAAAAAAGACGAAGGUUGCAAUGGUUGGCUCAGAAUUCUUGAAGUAGUCAUUCCGGAUAAAUUUGCUGAGUCAUGUAGCUGCAUUAGGGUCAACUCAGCCCCCAGAAGCCCAGCAUUCAAGUAGUUUGUUCUUCCUUUUCUCUGCUCUAUCUGAUGGAUCAUGCAUUUUCUAUAAUUUUGGACAAGGAGGCAUUUAAGCCGCUCUUCCAGUACAUAUGAACAGGUAUCCAUUCUGGUUCAUCGAUCCUAUCCUCCAUCCUAUCUCAUGCCUCUUCAUCUUUGCUCAUUAUUGCCUGACUCCAAUUUUGGAUCCAGUUUCCAUGCCUUGCCCUGUGCAGAGCACUCCUACCAACUUUGGCUUUACUUAAGAUGUCUGUACGUACUAAUUUUUUUCUUGCGUAAUCUGUAGAGUAUACAGUCUGUUGUAACUGAGAGAGUUCACUUUGUAUUUAUUCACAUGUGAAAGAGAACUACUUAUGUAACUGAAGGUUUGGAAAAGCUGUAAAGUUGGUCUUUUUUGCCUUUAACUGUAGAAAAUACUGUAAUUGAAUUUCUGUAGAUCUCUGUUUAAGUCUAUAGCUAAGCCGAUUGAUUUCUUAUA